AGUCCUCAAUCUCCAUCUCAGUCAGCUCCGGUGAGGGUCUUUUGCGGUGUGUUCAUCGAGGAGAACCAUUCAUGCACGGCGAAACGUGGGACGUAGACGAAUGCACUGCCUGUUCCUGUGAUAACGGUACGAUUACCUGUGUGACUGAGGGUUGCCAGCCAGCAUUCUGCAUUUCACCAGUAAAACCUGAAGGAGAAUGUUGCUUACUCUGCCCAUACAAUGUCGUGGUGAAGAAAGUCCGGCCUGAAAUCACAAAUGGAGAUACCUUCACAGAGGAAGGGGACAAUCAAAUAAGCGUCAAUGUUUCCAUCAAGUUUCAUGAUGCCACGGACACCACCGGAGUCUCAGGAGAAGACCUUUGGAAACUUUCUGCUUGGGCUUCAGCCAACCCAGACGGCAAUGGACCAAGGAUUGGAUUCGAAGAGGACAUUCUAGAUCUGAAACAAAAAGACCAGGACUUGAAGAGAACAGAAAAAAUCGAGUUUACCAAUCUGGACUUCUCCUUUUCCGACCCAAUGGCCGAAUGCGUAGACACGAAGUAUAUCUGUGUGAGGAUCGAGAGGGGAGAUGACCCAAGGACUACCGGGUACAUUGGCUAUAGUUUAGGAGGAUACCCUGGCCCCAAUGCACAGACUGGUUGUACAAGAGCUCCAGAAUGUCGACGUAGUCAAGCUCAGGAGUCCUCACUCUCAGUCAGCAUCAGCUCCGACGACAAUCUUUUGCAGUGUUUUUAUCGAGGAAUUCCGUACAUGGACUCCGAGUCGUGGGACGUAGACGAAUGCACUACCUGUUCCUGUGAUAACGGUAUGGCUACCUGUGUGAUUGAGAGUUGCCAGCCAGCAUCCUGCACUUCACCAGUAAAACCUGACGGAGAAUGUUGCUACGUCUGCCCAUACAGCAUGUACACUCAGGAGUCCUCAUUCUCAGUCAGCUCCAGUGAGGGUCUUUUGCCGUGUGAAUAUCGAGGAGUUCCGUACGUGGACUCCCAGACGUGGGACGUAGACGAAUGCACUACCUGUUCCUGCGAUAACGGUACGGUUACCUGUGUGAUUGUAAGUUGUCAACCAGCAUUCUGCACUUCACCAGGAAAACCUGAAGGAUAUUGUUGCGUCCUCUGCCCAUACAAUGUCGUGGUGAAGAAAGUCCGGCCUGAAAUCACAAAUGGAGAUACCUUCACAGAGGAAGGGGACAAUCAAAUAAGCGUUAAUGUUUCCAUCAAGUUUCAUGAUGCCACGGACACCACCGGAGUCUCAGGAGAAGACCUUUGGAAGCUUUCUGCUUGGGCUUCAGCCAACCCAGACGGCAAUGGACCAAGGAUUGGAUUCGAAGAGGACAUUCUAGAUCUGAAACAAAAAGACCAGUCCUUGACGAGAAGAGAAAAAAUCGAGUUUACCAAUCUGGACUUCUCCUUUUCCGACCCAAUGGCCGAAUGCGUAGACAUGAAGUAUAUCUGUGUGAGGAUCGAGAGGGGAGAUAACCCAAGGACUACCGGGUACAUUGGCUAUACUUUAGGAGGAUACCCUGGCCCCAGUGCACAGACUGGUUGUACAAGAGCUCCAGAAUGUCGACGUAGUCAAGCCUUAACAGAUGUCGUGGUGAAGAAAGUCCGGCCUGAAAUCACAAAUGGAGAUACCUCCACAGAGGAAGGGGACAAUCAAAUAAGCAUUAAUGUUUCCAUCAAGUUUCAUGAUGCCACGGACACCACCGGAGUCUCAGGAGAAGACCUUUGGAAGCUUUCUGCUUGGGCUUCAGCCAACCCAGACGGCAAUGGACCAAGGAUUGGAUUCGAAGAGGACAUUCUAGAUCUGAAACAAAAAGACCAGUCCUUGAAGAGAAGAGAAAGAAUCGAGUUUACCAAUCUGGACUUCUCCUUUUCCGACCCAAUGGCCAAAUGCGUAGACAUGAAGUAUAUCUGUGUGAGGAUCGAGAGGGGAGAUAACCCAAGGACUACCGGGUACAUUGGCUAUACUUUAGGAGGAUACCCUGGCCCCAGUGCACAGACUGGUUGUACAAGAGCUCCAGAAUGUCGACGUAGUCAAGAUGUCGUGGUGAAGAAAGUCCGGCCUAAAAUCACAAAUGGAGAUAACUUCACAGAGGAAGGGGACAAUCAAAUAAGCGUAAAUGUUUCCAUCAAGUUUCAUGAUGCCACGGACACCACCGGAGUCUCAGGAGAAGACCUUUGGAAGCUUUCUGCUUGGGCUUCAGCCAACCCAGACGGCAAUGGACCAAGGAUUGGAUUCGAAGAGGACAUUCUAGAUCUGAAACAAAAAGACCAGUCCUUGAAGAGAAGAGAAAGAAUCGAGUUUACCAAUCUGGACUUCUCCUUUUCCGACCCAAUGGCCAAAUGCGUAGACAUGAAGUAUAUCUGUGUGAGGAUCGAGAGGGGAGAUAACCCAAGGACUACCGGGUACAUUGGCUAUACUUUAGGAGGAUACCCUGGCCCCAAUGCACAGACUGGUUGUACAAGAGCUCCAGAAUGUCGACGUAGUCAAGGUACUAAUUUGUUUCGUUCGCUACUGUCAAAAGCAUUUCAGCAUACUCGUAAAUAGAGGUUUACCAAUGUAUUUGUUGACUCAGUCCCGACUGCUGAUUAACAAUGUAAUGGAGCGUAGUAUUCAAUAUCCGUAACUGAAUUCAGAAAAUCAUUAGUACCAAUUGAAAGUAACAAAAAAGCUCUUCACCUUUUACUACUGCCAUGUCAUGUAAGCCAGUUAUAUUAAGCAUCCUAUAGGAAACAUAAAUGAAAAAUGGUUCAAGUUUGAACCUUUCUUAAUGUUAAGUAUGACGCACCUUAAACAAGUUCAAAUUUGUAUCUUUUAGGGGUGGAAACGAGAAUUUCUAGGUGCAUAUCAUGAUAAUAAUGUGCAUCUUUGCAUCUUUUGCCAUUUAGGGUGCAAGAUUACACCCAAAUAUGCAAGGCCUAUUGCUUUAUGUUUUUCAUGAUUUAAUAAAGAUUGGGCCAAAUCAGUGAAGCAAAAACCUUAUAUUCUAUCUGCAGCUCAGGGGUCAGACAGCGUGGAUAUUAGCGCUUUCAGUGACUCACUGGUUCGGAUCAGGUCUGGGCUAACUCGUAUAAUUAUUAGUUUAGGAAUGGCGUGGGCACUAAUAUCCCACGUCAGGCCCGGGCU